CUUUAGUGUCACGUCUCUAAAUUCAUUACCACCAGAAGUGGCAUAAUAGGCACUGUCCCCUUGCACCUCCAGGGUCUGGGUUCAGAUUCUCGUCUCUGUGUGUACGGAGUGUGCAUGUUCUCCCUGUGCUUGGUCGGUGUUAUCCGGGUACUCCGGUUUCAUCCCACAGUCCCAAGGCAUGCAUGAAUACAGGAUUUACCGGUAAUGACAAUAAAUGGUGCAGUACGGUGACUUGUGCUCCUUGUACAUCGGGAGGGAGCCAAUAAUCGUGCUGAAUAAUCUUAAAGUGGUAAAGGAGGCGCUGGUGGAAAAUGGUACCGUGUUCUCCGGGAGGCCUUACUUACCUUCAUUAAACUGGAUGGCAGAGGGCUAUGGUAUUGUAGCUGUCACAUACAACCAUGCAUGGAAGCAGCAGCGGCGUUUUGCUCUCCACACAUUACGCAACUUCGGUCUGGGGAAGAAAACGGUGGAGGAACGAGUGGUGGAGGAAGCACACUGUCUGAUAUCAGAGAUGCUUAAAUAUGAAGGGAAAGCUUUUGACCCGGUGCAUCCACUUUUAAAUGCUGUCUCCAACAUCAUCUGCUCCAUCGUCUUUGGAGAUCGCUUUGACUACGACAAUAAGCGCUUCGCUAUGUUCCUGAAAAUUAUGAAUGAACACAUGUGGUUGUCUGGCUCAGCUGUAGCACAGAUCUUUAACUUAAUCCCGUUUAUAAAACACUUACCUGGUCCGCACCAGAAGAUCCAUCAGAACGGCAGUGCUUUAAAAGGGUUUAUCCGUGAGAUGAUGGAGGAGCACAAGAAGACACUGGACACAGAGAACCUACGCGACUUCAUUGACGCAUACCUGGUGGAGAUAAGCAAGCAGGGGUCAAAUGAAGAUUCCACGUUUCAUGAGAAGAACCUGCUGAUGUCAACCUCAGAUCUUUUUCUGGCGGGGACUGAGACCACAGCCACCACUCUCGGAUGGGGUCUGAUCUUUAUGAUGAACCAUCCAGAAAUACAAGAUCGUUGUCAUGAGGAGAUUGUUCGUGUACUUGGUUACGAUCGCGCUCCCAGCAUGGCUGACCGCGCAAGCCUGCCGUACACACACGCCACUGUACAUGAGAUCCAGCGUGUUGGGAACAUCGCUCCGAUUGGUGUAGUUCAUGCAACUACAGAGACGACUCAGUUACGCGGAUACACCAUCCCCAAGGGAACUAAGAUUUUACCCAAUUUAAUGGCCAUAAUGCAGGAUAAGGAGCACUGGAAAUACCCGGACACGUUUAACCCCGAGAACUUCCUGGACAAGGACGGAGAGUUCUGUAAAAACGACUCAUUUGUGCCUUUUUCUCUGGGUCCACGGGUGUGUCCUGGUGAAACCCUCGCCAGGACAGAGCUCUUCAUCUUCUUCACGUCUCUCCUGCAGAGGUUGAGGUUCUCCUGGCCACGAGAUGCCCCGCCCAUUGAUAUGGAAGGAAUUUUUGGUGUGGUCAGGCAGCCCCGCCCAUUCCACAUGAUUUGUCAUAGUAGGGGGCACUCGGUGUUGAUUUCAACCUGAUUUGUCCGUUGCACCACAAUUGAAAGUGAAGCGCUAAACAAGAAAAAAUCUUUAUCACCAUUCGUAUAUAUAUAUUAAUGAUUUUUCUGACAUAAAUGAUAAGACAUAUAAAAUAUUUUGCCUGUAUAUUAGGAGUUUUUUGGACCUGAGCUACUGCAGCUUUGUCUUUACUACAUGUUCCACUAUCCAUGCAGACCUUACACUCCACACUGCUGCCUGCUUGCCACUAAAUAAUCAGGCGAUUGGACUUCGUAGGAAGGUUGAUAUAAAUGCAGAUGAAGGCUUUAAUAAUUAACACAAACAAAAUGGUCAACUAGACAAAACAGAAACAAUAAACCAGACAGAAAUGAAAGUGAUGUAACAGAUGCGAGAAGAGACGCAGUGAAAACAAGGAGCUUCGAUAUGCAAUAAGAACGCUGAUUAGUAACCAACCCGAAACAUCUGCGAACACGAGACUGUGAUAUCUGAGACAGUGGGCAAAAAAACUUUAAUAUCAAAGCCCAAAAAGGUUCAAAGUGACUGCAGCUAUUAGCCACUAGGGGGCAACACCUGACAUUCCUGGGGACAUUUUUCUAAGAGAACAUGAUGAGUGAAUGAAUAUAUGUAUUCUAUACUGUACAAACCUACACAUUUAAUAAACAAAAGUUUC